AUGGCCUCCAAGGGCGGGAUUCGCAUUCUCCUCGCUGCCAUGGUCGCGUGCCUCCUAGCGGUGGCGCCUUACGCAAACGCAGCUGUGGACUGCGAAACGGUGAAAACGCAGCUCACUCCCUGCGUUGGCUAUGUCCAAGGCAUUGAUCCCGUCCCGGCGCCCGGGUGCUGCCAGGGCAUAAACAAUCUGAUUCCGCUGGGAAGGACGACUGCGGACCGCCAACAAAUCUGCGUGUGCCUGAACGAAUUACUCCCGACUGUUUCCGGGCUCAUCCCCACAAAGGUAACAGAAGUCCUUCAGAAGUGCGGCUUCAACUUCUUCUUCCCUAUACAACUCCCCAUCGACUGCAGCAGGUACAUUAUUCCCCGCCGCUAA